AAUAGAUUAUGUAUGUAAAUAGAAGAUGACCCUUUUGAUAGUAUUAUCAAUUCUAUAGAUCUUUUUCUCAGUCUGGCUGGAGAAGACACACACACACACAGAGAAACAUGAUUUCCAGUAAGAUGAUGUUUCUAAUUCUAUUCUUGCUGCGUUCUGUUCCAUGGGCAAAUUGUAGUCCACUUCAUGAAGAAUUUAUUCAGUGCAUGUCUGACAAUGUUACAACCCAUGAUCCAUUUUCUAAAAUCCUUCACCUUCCGAAUUCUCAAUCAUACGAAAAUCUACUUGAAAAUGCACAAGAAAAUCUAAGAUUGUACAAUAAUUCUUUGAAACCUCUGUUCAUAAUCACACCAUACCAUGACUCUGAAAUCAGGGCCACCAUUUUAUGCAGCAAACAGAAGGGAUUGCAAAUCAGAAUCAAAAGUGGAGGUCAUGAUUAUGAAGGCCUUUCGUACCGCUGCCAAACUCCAUUCGUUAUCAUUGAUCUUGUCUAUUAUAAGGCGAUUUCGAUCGAUUUGGAACAGGAAACGGCUUGGGUUCAGUCAGGGGCUACCCUCGGGGAACUUUAUGUUGACAUAUCCCGGAAGAGUGAUGUUCAUGGAUUUCCAGCUGGAAUAUGUCCUGGCGUUGGAAUUGGUGGGCAUUUCAGCGGCGGAGGGAUGGGUACGAUGAUGCGAAAAUACGGGCUCGCGGCCGAUAAUGUUGUUGAUGCUGUGAUUGUGAAUGCUGAUGGGCUGACUCUUGACAGGAGAGGAAUGGGGGAAGAUUUGUUCUGGGCUAUUAGAGGAGGUGGAGGAGCUAGUUUUGGUGUCAUUCUCUCCUGGAAAAUCAAGUUAGUUCGUGUUCCCCAAAUUGUCACAGUUUUCAAUCUACGAAAGCAGAUGGAUCGAGAAGGGACUAAGCUAGUGUACAAAUGGCAGCAAAUUGCUCCUAAUCUACCUCCUGAAUUGUUCAUAAGAAUUCUGAUUCAACUAGAAAGUAACAUUGUUGUGGGUGAUUUCAAUUCCCUGUUUUUGGGAUCAACAGAGGGCCUGAUUUCCUUGAUGAAACAGAGGUUCCCUGAACUGGGAUUGCGCCCGGAAGAUUGUACUGAAAUGAGCUGGAUUCAAUCUGCGGCAUUCUUUGCAGGAUUCCCUAACCAGGUGGAGGCUCUACUCAACAGAUCUGACCCAUUCAAGGCCAAGUUGAAAGGAAAGUCCGAUUUCGUCACCGAACCAAUUCCUGAGAGUGCACUGAUGCAGAUAUGGAAAAGGCACCCAGAAGGAGAACUAUUACCUUUCAUGAUGUUGGAUCCUUAUGGAGGCAACAUGGGUGAAAUCCCGGAUUCGGAAACCCCCUUUCCUCACAGGAAAGGGAAUUUGUACAACAUUCUCUACGCGGUGGCGUGGAAUGAUGAUGAUGACGCUGGGCAUUUAAAGUGGAUCAAUGAACUCUACAUGUUCAUGGAGCCAUAUGUGUCCAAAUCCCCAAGGCGUGCAUAUCUAAAUUACAGAGAUUUGGACUUGGGAAUCAAUCCGGGAGUGAAUCCAAGGUUUUCAGAUAGCGCAGUUUGGGGGAUGAAAUAUUUCAAUGCUAAUUUUGAGAGAUUGGCUAAGGUGAAAAGCCUUGUUGAUCCUAACAAUUUCUUCUGGAGCGAACAGAGUAUUCCACCCAUUGUUAAUGAUGGGCCGUUUUUUGCUUAAAAACACGGACAGAAGUGGUUUGUUGGAGUGUUGUUUUUUAAUUUAGCAAAAUUAGAGAGGUCAAAGUAUAAUUGUUAAUUUUAAGGCCGAGUUUACAGCUCAGCUCUAGUAUAAGUUCUUCUUGUUCCGAGUAAAACUUAUGAAUGAAAAUUGAAAAUGAA